AUGUCUCUCCACCGCUGCCCCCCUUUCCGCGUCGAGCACCUCGGCUCCCUGCUCCGUACCAACGAGCUCCUCGACGUCAAGACCGCCUACGAGAAGGGUCAAGCCACCCAGGAACAACUCGAGGCUGUCGAGAAGAAGGACAUCAAGGAUGUUGUUGAGCUCCAGAAGAAGCUCCGCUACCCUGCCGCCUCUGACGGCGAGUACUGCCGACACAUGUUCUGGGGCUCCUUCUUCCCCGGCCUUGACGGCUUUGAAGAGGUCGCUGAGCCCAACCCCGAGGUCUUCCGUCCCUACGCCCCCGACGUCGCCGCCUUCCUCGAGGCCGGCCACAAGCCCGGCGAGAGCGUCUUCUGUACCGGCAAGAUCAAGCACGUCGGCUCCACAUACGUUGACCAGUUCAAGUACCUCGCCUCGCUUGUCGCUCCCGAGGAGGUCAAGAACCUGAAGCUCACCCUCGCCGCCCCCAACUGGUACCACCUCCGCUACCGUGAGGGCUACGCCUACCCCAAGGACGUCUACGCCAACGUCGAUGAGUACUUUGCCGACAUUGCCAAGGCCUACCAGGACGAGCUGAAGGUCCUGUACGACGCCGGCUGCCGCAACGUUCAGUUCGACGACCCUAACCUUGUUUACUUCUGCUCCGAGAAGAUGCUCCAGGGCUGGAAGGAGGACCCUCUGAACACCCUCACCGCCGACGAGACCUUCGAGAAGUACAUCAAGCUGUACAACGACUGCCUCGCGACCCGCCCCCAGGACUUCCACAUCGGCGUCCACCUCUGCCGCGGCAACUUCGUCGGCUCGCGCCACUUCUCCGAGGGCGGCUACGACCGCAUCGCCACCAAGCUCUUCAAGGAGCUCAACGUCGACACCUACUACCUCGAGUACGACACCCCCCGCGCCGGCGGCUUCGAGCCCCUUAAGGAGGUCCCCCGCCACAAGGCCGUCAUUCUCGGUGUCGUCACCUCCAAGUUCCCCGAGCUCGAGGACAAGGAGGAGAUGAAGCAGCGCGUCUACGACGCCGCCAAGUUCAUUGCCGAGGGCAACGGCAUCACCGUCGAGCAAGCGCUCGACCAGCUCGGUGUCAGCCCGCAGUGCGGCUUCGCUUCCCACCGCGAGGGUAACGCCAUUGACCGCGAUGGCAUGAUCAAGAAGCUCGAGCUUGUUCGUGCGAUCGCUGACGACAUCUGGCCUGGUCAGCUGUAA